CUUUCGAUAUGCAAUUUUGAUACGAAAAAUGGUGUUUAUACAAAAUUAUCUGCUUAAAUCUGUUAAGAAGCCAAUACGAAACUAUCUCCGGAGCCGCUUCCUAGACACACUUCGCCUAACAACAAAGGGUGGCCACGGUGGAAAUGGUUUGCCCAAGUACGGCGGUGUCGGUGGUCAGGGUGGAGCCGUCUAUUUUGUCGCCAAAGAAGACAAGUCGCUACGCGAUGUUGUGAAAAAAUAUCCAACCAAACGUGUCGUCGCUGGAAAUGGCGAGGAAAGCUCAAAGGCUCGCAUUCUCGGUCGUAGAGGGACGGAUCAAAAGGUGGAAGUGCCUGUUGGCAUACGGGUUUUGGAUCAGGAGACAGGAAUCGUUUCGGAGCUGGAUGAAGAGGGCAAGUCAUAUCUAGCGGCCGGUGGUGGUAGUGGUGGUUGCUCGGGAAAUUCGUUCCUCGGCAAACCUGGCCAGCUACGGACGGUUACGUUGGAUCUGAAAUUGAUUGCAGACGUAGGACUGGUGGGAUUCCCGAAUGCGGGCAAAAGCACCCUUGUGAAGGCGAUCUCGAAUGCUUCCCCAAAGAUUGCGUCUUAUCCAUUUACCACUAUACGACCCCAGAUUGCAACGAUAGAGUACGAAGACUAUCGGCAAAUAACGAUAGCCGAUCUGCCUGGGCUAAUCGAAGGAGCGCAUGCCAACUUCGGAAUGGGACACAAGUUCCUGAAACACGUGGAACGUACCAGACUGCUGCUAAUCAUCGUAGAUGUGUUUGGCUUUCAGCUAAGUCAGCAGCACCGCAAACGUAACUGUCUCGAGACGAUAUACGCUUUGAAUAAGGAGCUGGAGCUAUACGACAAAACACUGCUCGACAAGCCUUGCGCCUUAAUCAUCAACAAAAUGGACAAGGAAGGUGCCGUGGACGAAAUAUGUAAAUACGAACAAUAUUUCCAUUCGCUCGAAGAUGGUCUCAAGCUGUGUCCUGACGAGUUAACACCCAACAAACUGCUUUCGAUUGACGCCGUCAUACCGAUUUCGGCAAAAAGCAUGAAGGAAAUCGAAAAAGUGAAGCAAGAAGUGCGAACCAUUCUCGACCUCAAGGCCGAAGAAAUGCUGCAAGAAGAAUCGGCGAGCAGGAACGAGCAGCUCCAGCAAAAGCUAAGCGAACGAGGACCCAAAGUGGUGUAAAGUGAUCAGCAUUUAGAGUA